GGGGCCGGCGGAGCGGGCCGCGGCCGCCGCUCGGACAAUGCGCGGGCGAUGAGGCGGACCCGUCCCCGAAGCGUCCCGGCGGACCCCUCCGGCUGAGCCUGCCGGCCCCCGGGACCCCCGCUUCCGGCCGAGCGCACCCGGCCGGCCCGGUCGCCAUGGAAACCGUCGGCGGCGCCCGCCCGGAGGGAACGGAGCCUUCCGAGGCGGCCGGAGCGGAGCCCCGCGGCCGGGGCCCGGAGGCGGCCGGGGAGGGGGCCGGGGCGGAGCCGGCCCCGGCCCCCGGGCCCGGCAAGCUGCGGAAGACGGCGCUGAAACUGUUCGGGGGCAAGCGGGGCAUCUGCACGCUGCCCAGCCUCUUCGGGGGCGGCCGGAGCCGGGGCCCCGGGAAGGGCGCCGCCGGGAAGGGGCAGAGCCGGACCCGGGACGGGCCGGGCCGGGCGGCCGGGGGCCCGGACCGCCCCCGGGAGGCCGGGCCGCCGCCCGGCCCGCAGAGCGCCCGGGGGACCCGGGGCCCGCCGCCCGGCCCCGAGGCCUCCGGGAGCGAACGGCCGCCGGCGCCGCAGCGGCCCCGCCGGGGUCUGAAGGGGCUGCUCAGCAGCAUCCGCCUCCACAAGAAGAGCCGGGCGGCGGCCCCGGGGACCGCCCGGGAGGCGCGGGCGGAUCCCCCCGGCUCGGCUACCCCUCCGGCCUCCGACGGGUCCGGGACCGGCGGCCCGGACGCCUCGGGCGGCCGCGGGGGCCGGCCGGCCCCGCCGGCCCCCGCCGGCCCGGGCCGCCGAGGCCGACCCGGAAGAGCCCCCGGCGGACGAGCGGGAGGAGGGGGCGAGGCCGGGGAGCCGGACUCCGGCCGCUCGGGCGACCGGCUGAGCCUCCUGUUCGGGGAGGUGACGUCGCUGAAGAGUUUCGACUCGCUGACCGGCUGCGGGGACGUCACGGCGGAGCAGGACGAGGACAGCCUGGCCGAGAGCACGGUGUCCGGCGAGAGGGGGCCGGGGAGGGAGGCGGCCAAGCGCGGCUCCUGUCUGGUCACCUACCAGGGCGGCGGGGAGGAGAUGGCCAGCCCGGACGGGAUGGAGGAGGCGGACCGGCCCGACGGGGGAGGCGGGCGGCGCGGGUGGGAGAGCCCCGCCGCGGCGGGCGCGCCGCCCCGGGGCCCCGCGUCGCCUAGCGCUCCCGAGCCCGGGGACCUUCUGUCUCCCCAGAGCGACCGGCCGGAGUCGGCCCCCAACAGCGACGAAGGCUACUACGACUCCAUGACCCCGGGGCCGGAGGAGGAGCCGGGCCCGGGGCCGGCCCGCAGAGACCGCCUGCCUCGGGACAGCUACAGCGGCGACGCCCUGUACGAGUUCUUCGACCCCGAGGACGAGGACCCGGGCACCUCCCCCGUGGGGGACGGGGGGCCGUUCGAAGCCUUCGGGGACUUCGGCCCCUGGCCCUCGGGGAAGGGGACCGCCCGGCCCCCGGCGGAGACGGAGGAGGGGCGCCUGGCGGCCCUGCGCGGGCGGCUGCUGUACUGGGAGCCGCGGCGGGACGGGCCGAGGGGCCGGGGGGAGCGGGAGCCGGGGCCGGAGGGGGGCCCGGGGGAGGCCGAGGCCGAGCUGGCCGUGAGCUUCUCUCAGGCCUUGGUGGCGUUCGGCGACGGCGGCGGCGGCGGCGGGGCGCUCUUCUCCAGCCUGUCGGGCGGCUCGGCCUCGGACUCCUCCUUCGCCCAGAACCUCCCGGCCCUGCCUGCCAUGGUGACCUUCGACAUCGUGGACGUGGAGCGGGAGGGCGAGGGCGAGUGCGAGGACGCCCACGAGCACCUGGCCGCCUCCCCGGAGGCCUUCGACGCCUGCUUCUCCCCCUCCGAGGAGGGCGGGCUCGGGGACGUCGGCCGCGUCGGCCGGGCCCCGGCCCCCGGCCCCUCUGGCGGCUUCCCCUGGGGCGUGGGCAGCCUCCCCCGCCGCCUGGGCCUGCCCGGCCCGGGCCCCCCGGCCCCGCCGGCUCCCGCGGCCCUCGGCCGGCGCAGCCGCUCCCUGGACACGGAGAGCCCGGACCUCGAGCCGGCCGGUCGCCGGCCCCGUUCCCUUCCCCGCCCGAGGCCCGCCGCUCCCCCGCGGGCGGGCGUGGAGGCGGCUCCCCCUCGGGGACCGCGGGCCCCCGGCUACGCGGUCCGGCCUAGCGACCUGCCCCUGGCGGCGCCGGCGGCGAGACCGGGCCGGGAGGCCCGGCGGACCCGGGCGGAGAGCGGGACCGGAGCCCCGGGGCAGCAGAGGGGACCCGGGGGCUGCCUCCCGAAAGGUCUCGGGGCCGGCCGGGGCCACCGAGCCAUGGAGGCGUGACCCCCGACCCGGCAGUGGGCGCGGUGGCCCGGAGCCCACCUUCUCCCGUGCUGCCAGCCAGCACCGGGAACGGGCCUGGG